AUGCUGGAUUUGCGUACACAAACGCAGUUGCGGCCUGAAUUGCAGGCAAUUUGUCAUGCUGUUUUGCACUUCCGGUUGCCUCCUGUCAUGCGGAAGAUGCACGGCCUUCCCACGCCAGCCAGCACCACAGUCGGCAUCUUUUACUUUUGUGUGGAAGGCUUCCAGCAUGACAACACGACUUGGUGUAGCAAAUCACGCUACACAAAUCUCCGUUCUAGUAUGGGGAGGGGGGAUUUUCAUUUUGAUGCCACCUACUUCAAAAUCCCGGGAGGCAAGUUCGUGCCCCAGAUCACCGUGCUCAUCGAGAAGGCGCCGGGGGCCGAAAACAUCGAAGUCAAGGAAUUGAUGCCCCGCCCGCCGAAGGAAGGAAGCAAAUAAGUGGAAUUCACUUGCUUGUUCGCAACGGCGACAGGACAGAGAGAUGUUGACUCAGUUCGACUCACGAAAGAUGAUGAUUUUCUGCGAGAGGAUGAAAAUCUAAAUCUAAUGACUCACCGACAAGAACUUCAAGGUUUAUUACACACUAAGACUAAAUGCUAUUCACUAUUGCAUUUGCAACUACUUUGUUCAUUAUGAUUCGAAACUGCACGAGGUCGGCGGUGUGCUUUUCCGUACAUCGGCUGUCCUCCUGCAGACUAGACGAAAUUACAACGCAGUUGUAGCUUUACACAUUUACCCAACCAGCGGCAGGAAUCUCUGCGCACGAAAAAUGAGGAAAAAGAGCAAGUCGAUAUCGUCACGAGAACAGUAGACCCUCCUCAGAGUCGUAUAAUCUCCUGGUGUUUUCCCCAGAACAUCAGCUACGACGCAAGGUCGUAAUGAGAAGGCCACAGAAGUGUACUUCGAUACCUUCUGGAUUGAGUAGUAGUGAAAAUUUUUUUAUAUUUUCAUCAGAUGCUUCAUAUCCCAGGAGACCAUUCGAACACAUUGCGACGUGCCACGAUAUUGAGUGCUGUUGUUGUCUUUG